CUGGCGAGGAUUUUAUUUAUCUUUAACAAGUUUCCUAACAGAUCGAAGAAUAUUGGACGGAGGAAUAUUUUCCAGUUUUUACAGAAAAAAUCAUUUUAUAAAAAGAUUUAAUAGGUUUUCUCAAUUGCCUUCUCAUACCUAUUUUUAUAUUUUCUUUUUUUUCCAAAUUUUGGCAUAAAAUCUCAUUUUUAACAAUUGUCUAAGCAGUUGUUUACCAAGAGCAUUGGAACAGCGAGGAUCAAUUCAUCGUCUUUUUGCUUAAAAAUAGACAUUUUCGUUUUCGCGAACCUCCCCUUCAUGAAGUAAGCAGUUCGCAAGGCUAAUUACUUGUUUGAACGAAAAUAGGACUUUGUUGUGUGUGUGUGUGUGUGUGUGCGUGUGUUUCUUGAACUCUGAAUUUUUGUAUUACAGGAUAGUAACUUGAUAACUUUUUGUUUGUUUGUUUUCCUGUCGUCGUUCCCUUUUUGGAGUACCUCUUUUAUAAUUCCAAGUUUUAUCUUUCUUCUCUCUUCAAUACACUCUGCGAUAUCAUUGCACUUUAUUUCCAAAUGCCUCCAAAAUUUUCUUCUCAGUACGUUGACACCGAUAAUAAUGUCAAUGAGAAUGAACGGGACAGUGACCCCUUUGUGAAUGCUAAAAGUUACUAUGGCAAAGACACAGAUAUAUCGACUCGUCUUGGCUCAGGUCGCGGACGUACGCUCUCUACUUCAGCAGAAUCACCUGCGGCUGCUAAUCCCGAACUUAAGAAUAUUCGCCGCCGCGGUAGUUUAGAUGAACAUAAAGAGCCUCGAAAAUUUUUGGUUGACGUUGAUAAAACUCUGCAUUCCUUGCUGGAAUCCGAGGACACUGAUCGCAAUAUGCAAAUAACCAUUGAAGACACUGGACCGAAAGUCGUUUCUUUAGGUAGUGCUAGUUCAGGCGGCUAUCGUCUUUACGAGCUCCGAGGCACUUAUCAGUUGUCCAACUUGCUUCAAGAAUUAACCCUUGCCAAGGACUAUGGCCGCCGCUAUGUUAUGAUUGAUGAGCGUAGAUUAAACGAAAAUCCUGUUAGCCGUCUUUCUCGACUUAUUAAAGGCACCUUUUGGGAUGCACUUACCCGAAGAAUUGAUGCUAGUACUUUGGACGUCAUUUGCCAUGACACCAAGGAUCGUUCUGGUCACUCAGUGAACCGCAUCUACGUCCCCUUACCCGAAAAGGAGAUUUAUGAGUACUACUGCCGUGCUUCAAAAGAACGUCCUUACUUGAAUUUGCAAGUGGAAUAUCUACCCGAAAAAAUUACGAAAGAGUGGGUCCGGGAUGCCAACCAUAAGCCUGGUUUACUUGCUCUUGGCAUGGAAAGAUAUACGGAUGACGAAGGACAGAGCCACCUUCGCGGUGUCCCCUUUGUUGUUCCUGGUGGCCGUUUUAAUGAAAUGUAUGGUUGGGACUCUUAUUUUGAGGCGCUUGGUUUGCUCACUGAUAAUCGCGUCGAUUUAGCUAAGGGAAUGGUAGAAAACUUUAUUUUCGAAAUUAAACACUACGGUAAGAUUUUGAAUGCCAACAGAACUUAUUACUUGCUGCGUUCUCAACCUCCACUCCUUACCGAUAUGACUUUACGCGUAUACGAACGUAUACAAAAUGACGAAGGUUCGAAAGACUUUUUGUACCGCGCCUUUUGUGCAGCUAUAAAGGAAUACUACACAGUGUGGAUGAGUGCACCUCGCUAUGACCCAAAAACUGGUCUUUCUAGAUACCGUCCCGAUGGUCUUGGUGUUCCUCCCGAAACUGAAGCUAGCCAUUUUGAGCAGUUGUUGCGGCCCUACAUGGAGAAAUAUAACAUGAGUCUUGAGGAGUUUACCGAGGCUUACAAUUAUCAAAAGGUUCAGGAACCUGCUUUAGAUGAGUACUUUUUACACGAUCGUGCUGUUCGUGAAAGUGGCCACGAUACAACAUACCGCCUUGAGAAAGUGUGUGCUGACUUGGCAACUGUGGAUUUGAACUCUCUUUUGUAUAAGUACGAGACCGACAUAGCCCGUGUUAUUUUGGAAAACUUCAAUGACAAAUUCGAAUUGCCAGAUGGCCGUGUUGAGUCUUCCGCUGUUUGGGACCGCCGUGCAAGGUCUCGUCGUGCUGCUAUGGAGAAGUACAACUGGUCGGAAGCCCAAUCCAUGUGGUUCGAUUAUGACACCAAAUUUGAAAAGCAGAGUACUUAUGAGAGUGCAACUUCAUUUUGGGCGCUCUGGGCCGGUGUGGCAACACCUCGCCAAGCAGCCAAAUUUGUUGAAGUUAGUUUACCCAAGUUUGAAGUAUCUGGUGGUAUUGUUGCUGGUACGAAGGAAAGUCUUGGUCAGGUGGGUCUCCAUAAUCCAAGUCGUCAAUGGGAUUAUCCGAAUGGCUGGAGUCCACAACAAAUCUUGGCUUGGUAUGGUCUCAUUCGUUAUGGUUAUGAUGAGGAACUCCGUAGAGUGGUAUAUCGCUGGCUCUAUACUAUUACGAAAUCCUUCGUUGAUUUCAAUGGAAUCGUUGUUGAAAAAUAUGAUUUAACCAGACCAGUCGAUCCUCAUCGGGUUGAAGCAGAAUAUGGUAAUCAAGGUGUUGAUAUUCAAGGUGUUGCAAGAGAAGGAUUUGGUUGGGUGAACGCUAGUUACGAAAUUGGACUUACCUUUUGCAAUUCUCACAUGCGGAGAGCCUUGGGUGCUUGCACCACUCCUGAGGUCUUCUUCAGUGGAAGAAGUAAAUAAGAGACUGUGUAGAAGGUGAACCAGUUCCAAAUGAAGAAGGAAAUUUUGGAAGAGCAAUCUUUUCAAACGAAAUUAUCGCUUUAAAGGUUAUGUAUGCAUAAGUGGACUUUUUAUCCCUUUAUUAUUAUUAAUUUUAAUGAUUCCGUGUUACAAACUUGAUGCAUCCGUUUAGGAAUGGAUCAUGAUUUUAAAAUAAAACUAGUAAAGUUUCUAUUAGUUUUUUUUUUUUAGUUUUUUUUUAUUGAAAAAGAUAUGCCC